AAACUACUUUCCGUUUCCUGUGAUGUAAGCAGACCAUCGAGACACGUGAAGGUCAGGAUCUGCAGUUAUAUUCGCGCACAAUUGUUUUAUUUACAUCUUUAGACGUUUGUAGCGAAGCCAGUGUUUUAAGAAAGUGGCAAUGGAAGGUCAAGGAGUAACAGCAGAUCCGCAGCUGCAGCAUUUCAUCGAAAUCGAGUCACAAAAGCAGAGGUUUCAGCAGCUGGUUCAUCAAAUGACUGAAGUGUGUUGGGAAAAAUGUAUGGAAAAACCGGGCCCCAAGCUAGACUCAAGGACGGAGGUCUGCUUUGUGAACUGUGUCGAACGAUUCAUUGACACAAGCCAGUUUAUUCUUAACAGACUCGAGCAAACCCAAAGGAGUAGAGGGUCCUUCUCAGAGUCGAUGUCCGAAUAGCGGCAUGAACGCUAAAUGGACUAACGACACAAAUCAGCGUCCGGCCACCAAGUUUGGCUUGGAUAACUCCAAGCUUGCGUGUAUACUGUGAGGUGAGACCCAAUAAACUAAUCAAUUGUGACAUUUUGAAGACAAAGUGCCACAUAUUCUGCAUUAUGUCCUCAAACCACUGUUACCCAUGGGGGGGAAUUGUGAAGCGGCAUUUCUGUGAGAGGAUCUGUCAUCGUUGACCUCUUAGGAGUCAAGCAAAGAAGGUGCCAUUUCUGGAAUCAUUUCACUUGGAGGUAUCCUCUCACACAUGGUUUUGUCUUACUUGUUCUGGAAAAAUGAGGACUUCUGCGAGACAUUUACCUCUAAGCCACUGAGUAUCACUUGGACACUUGGGUUUGUUUCAUGUUUGUUGUGGGGAAUGAUGGAAUGUGUCCUCUCAGAUGAGUCAUGUAAUUGUACAUUGGCAAUAAAAGAAAACAAAAAAAAGUGUCAUUGUUUUGUAAUUUUUGUGAAAAUUAUAAAGCAUAAGUUAAAAGUCUAUUAAAAGACCAGAUGAAGUUGCACAGU